AUGUGGGCAUCAUCCGCCACAAACAGCUCCUACUCCUCGAGCGUCUCCUCUUCAGACCCUCACCUUCCCUACCAACACCCUCAACCAACAUCUACCGUCUCCCUUCCUCAAGCCCGCCGAGCAAUGCCGAAAUACCGCCGCUUCUACUCCUCCCCCAUGGACGAAGGAGACUCAACUCCCAUCCAACUCUACGGCCUCGAACGACGUCCCAAUUCAAUCAUUGAGAAACCAAAACUCCUACGCCGCGUCUCCCAUGCACUAGACGAUAUCAAAGAAGACUUCGCUUACCAACUCGCCGAUCCAUCCAGCACAGCCGCAAAGCUCAAGCGUCGCUCUACUUUCCUGCUGGAUGGCUCGCUCGGAACCACCUCCCCCCGCCCCGAGACAGCAGACUGCCAUGGCCCUAGCUCGCGGCGUAUGUCUGUGUUGUCUGCUGCGCCACAGCGUGGACUGAGUCGGCGACUCUCGCGCAGACUGUCUAUUUUCGGUGGUCGGAAGGUUGGUGAACGGCCUUCUACAGCUAGUAUUUCUACGCCAAAUUUGAUUGGUUCUUCGGCUAUGAACUAA